CUUCUCUUUAUUAGGUCUUCUAUCUUGUAGGCCCUUUUCUUUACAUCUUCCUUUAUAGUGUAGGAGUUUGUGUGUGGUUUUAUCAUAUUUAUUUCAUCUUUUCUCUUAUUAGGUCUUCUUAGACCCCUUUUUUUUCAUUUUGUCAUCCUUUUUUUUCGUUUCGUCAUCUUUUUAUUCGCUUCGUCAUCUUUUUUUCUUUCGUUUCGUCAACUUUUUUUUCGUCAUCUUUUUCGUCAUCUUUUUUUUAGGUUUAUCUUCUCUCUGUCUAUCUUCUUUUAGGCCCUUUUUCUUCACAUCUCUUUAGUAUGUGGGUUUGGGAGUGUGGGUUGGGAGUGCGGGUUGGGAGUGGGAGUGUGGGCGUGUGUGGGAGUGUGGGUUGGGAGUGCGGGUUGGGAGUGUGAGUGUGGGCGUGUGGGAGUGUGGGAAUGUGUGUGGGUUUGUGGGUUGGGAGUGUGGGAGUGUGGGAGUGUGGGUUGGGUGUGUGGGUUGGGUGUGCGGGUGGGUGUGGGAGUGUGGUUGGGUGUGGGAGUGUGGGCGUGUUGUGAGAGUGUGGGUUUGUGUGUGGGUUUGUGUAUGUGGUGUUUCAUUUUAUUUUUUUUCGUCAUCUUUUUUUUAGGUCUAUCUCUCUCUGUCUAGGUCUUAGGUCUUUUUCUUAUAAGCCCCUUUCUUUACGUCUUAUUACGAUCCACAAGAUAAGCAUAAAUCGAUUUAUAAUAUUUUUUCUUUUUUGAACAUAUAUUCUGAC